AUGGCAAACGUUACGUUGGCUCGGAUGUACAUAGUAAACCCACUGGACCGGGACCGUUUCCACCUGAGAUUGCUACUUCUGAACCGAAGAGGCCCGAAGUCCUUUCAAGACAUAAGGACGGUGGACGGGGUCGUUCACGAAACAUUCACGGCGGCUGCCGUUGCACUCGGAUUAUUGGAAGACGACCGAGCGUGGCGGGAUUGCUUGACGGAAUCGGCGACGUUGGACACACCGCGGCAGCUGCGGUAUCUGUUCGUCACUAUACUGGUGUUCUGCGAGCCCUCAAACCCGCUGGCGUUGUACGAGGCGAACGAAGCAAACAUGAUGGAGGACUUCAACCGCCGUCUCCAAGACGUCGACCGCGCGAGGGCCGCGUGUCUGGCGGCCAUCGAGGAUCUACUUCGUGUACACCGGAAAUCGCCGGGCGACUACGGUCUGCCCCUCGCCGACCCCCGUCUACUGGAACCGCUGCAGGACGACGCGCUGUUCCGGGCAAUAGACGCGGCGGCACGGUGGGCCCCACAAGUAGACGCCUUGAACGCCGAACAGCGAACGGUGUACGACCGCGUGAUGGCGGCCGUCGACGACCAACGCGAGGUGGCGAAAACUUUCUUCGUCGACGGACCCGGGGGUACCGGAAAAACGACGCUGUACGGAUGCCUGAUAUGGGCGCUUCGGCACCGACCUCCGCAGCGGGAGGUGUUGUGCGUGGCGUUCACCGGUAUCGCCGCGUCGCUCAUGGACGGCGGCAUGACCGUACACUCGACGUUCGGACUGCCUUUCGGCACGCUGACCAAAGACUCGACGUCCAGCGUCACCAUGCAGUCCGAGCGAGCGCAGAAGAUACGCAACGCGGCGCUCAUCGUCUGGGACGAAGCCCCAAUGUCGCCGGGACUGCAACUGACGGUGGUGGACCGCCUGCUCAGGGACGUCAUGGCAUCGGAAUUACCGUUCGGCGGUAAAACCAUGCUGUUCGCCGGCGACUUCAGGCAGAUAUUGCCCGUGGUCCGGAGAGGGACGAGAGCCGAGAUCGUCAUGUCGUCGAUCAAGGAAAACGGUCUUUGGCGCGUCAUGGAGCGCUUCAAUCUGGUCCAGAACAUGCGCGCGGACCACGACGCGGACUUUGCGACUUGGUUGCUUGAGCUCGGCAACGGCCGACUGCCCGCGGUUGACGGCGUUCCGAACACCGUGCAAAUCCCGCGGCAAAUGGUAUGCGACGUUGAUGAUUUGAUCGAUUUCGUGUACCCGCAGCAAAUGUCGUUGGCCAACGUCGACGAAUUCGCUCGGAGAAUCGUUGUGUGUCCCACCAACGAAGACUGUAGAGGUGUCAACUAG